AUGGACGAAAAAAAGGCUAGAUAUGAUGAUCACCGUAAGCUACCUUCAUCUAGUGAACAAAUAUUAGAAAAGUCUACAAAGGGUGCCACAAUCCUUAUGUUAGGCCAAUUUUCUACUAAAAUUAUUACUUUCAUAUUAAAUAAUUUAUUGAUAAGAUUUUUAUCACCAAGAAUAUUUGGAAUUACAUCCUUUUUAGAAUUUAUUUCAUCCACAGUUUUGUUUUUCAGUCGAGAAGCUAUAAGAUUAUCAACUUUAAGAAUAACACAUAAUGAAGAUGAUAUGAUGGAGGAUAAUAACUGCAGAAAUAAUUCCGACGAAAAAUAUGACUAUAAUAAUAAAAAUAACAACAGCGGCAAUAAUAAUAAUAAUGUGUUGCAGAUAGCUGUGAAUUUUUCGCAUGUUCCAUUGUAUAUUGGUAUCCCAUUAUCCCUCGUAUUAACUACAUGGCAAUAUAGAAAUAUCAACGAAUAUUUUAUAUCAUUGCCAUUUUUCACUUGGUCAAUAUUGUUUAUUUGGUGUAGUAUUAUUAUUGAAUUAUUAUGCGAACCUUUUUUCAUUAUUAAUCAGUUAAUGCUGAAUUAUUCAACAAGAUCAAGAUUCGAAACUAUGGCAGUCACAGUUGGAUGUAUCGUGAACUUUGUGGUAGUUUACGCCUUUGAUCAAAAAUGGCUUAAUAUUACCAUAGAUAGAGAACAGGAUAUAUCAAAGGAAGGUAUCGCUAUUUUAGCAUUUGCUUUAGGGAAGUUCUUCCAUUCUAUAUCAUUAUUAUUAUUCUAUUUCUAUGAUUAUUUGAAAAAUUUUGCUCCAAGACGGUCCUUCAACCUAUCGUUAACUAAAAUCUAUAACAAUACUUCCAAAAAUUCUAAAUCAUCUAAAGAGUAUCAUUAUUUUGAUUCAACAAUCUUUGAGCACUUCAAAAAAGUAUAUUUCCAAUUAUGCUUUAAACAUUUAUUAACUGAGGGUGACAAAUUGAUUAUUAAUUCUCUUUGUACUGUUGAGGAACAAGGGAUUUAUUCCUUAUUGUCAAAUUAUGGUUCUUUGGUGACCAGAUUAUUAUUUGCGCCUAUCGAAGAGUCUUUAAGGUUAUUUUUAGCAAGACUUCUAACAAAUCAAAGGUCAAAAAAUUUAAAAUUAUCAAUGGAUGUUCUUAUUAACUUAACAAGAUUCUACCUUUACCUAUCAUUAAUGAUUAUGGUCUUUGGACCCACAAAUUCUUCUUUUCUUUUACAGUUUCUGAUUGGGUCUAAGUGGUCAACUACAUCAGUUCUAGAUACAAUUAGAGUGUAUUGCUUCUAUCUCCCAUUUUUAUCAUUAAAUGGUAUCUUUGAAGCAUUUUUCCAAAGUGUGGCCACUGGUGAUCAAAUUUUGAAACAUUCAUAUUUCAUGAUGGUCUUCUCUGGUAUCUUCUUAUUAACUUCCUGGAUUUUGAUAGAUUUUUUGAAAUUAUCAAUCAAUGGGUUGAUUAUUAGUAAUAUUUUCAAUAUGACUCUUCGUAUUAUAUACUGUGGAACUUUUAUUAUUCAAUUUUAUAGAAAAAUCCAUAAUAACCAGUCUUCCUUUUUAUUCAAUUUCCAGAAUUUACAGAUGAUCACCUUAGUUUGUCUAUUUAUAUGUGGUGUAGAUUGGUUAUUGAUUGGAUACGUUAGGAAUUUUAGACAAUUUUCGAUUAAUGUCAUUUUGGCUAUAAUUCUAUUAACUUUAAUAUUGUAUCAAGAGAAGAUAGCUAUCAAGCGAUUUAUGGGUAGAGAAAAAAUUACAACUGGUAAAAACACCUGA